AUGUCCUCGGCCAGCCCGUCGGGCACGGGCGCGCCGGGCCGGAGGGCCGCCCGGAAACCCUGCUCCUUUACCAUCGACGAUAUUCUGGCCCGACCUCCGGAGCGGGAUCCCACCUCCCUCCCGCCCUUCUGCCUACAAGCGGGGGUCCCUAACGGAGGAGACCCCGGGCCGUGCGGGCUGCGGGCACCCUCCGGGGCGCUCCGGGACCGCAGCCGGGACCGGGAGGAAGCAGAGUCGGCCGUCUGCGGCUGCGGCUGUUGCUGCUGCUGCCCUCCCCUGCACCCAGUUGGCACCCGACCCCCGCGGGACCCCGCUGCUUGGAUAGGCGAGAAGGUGUCGAACGUGGCGCUCAGAGGUCCCUCCCGCCCUGCAGCAGACUGCAGGUUCCCCUGGUCGGUGAAGCUGCUCCCCGCCCCGGGCCGGGCGGGGAAGGGGCCCCGCGGACCACCGCUGCAGCCCCCGCAGCGACGAACGCGUCGGCACCGCACCAUCUUCAGCGAGGAGCAGCUGCAGGCCCUGGAGACGCUGUUCCUGCAGAACCCCUACCCUGACGUGCUCACCCGCGAACACCUGGCCAGCCGUAUCCACCUCAAGGAGGAGCGGGUGGAGGUCUGGUUCAAAAAUCGCAGGGCCAAGUGGCGACACCAGAAACGAGCCUCUGCUUCUGCACUGCUGCUGCAGGGCCCUGAUGCUCCUGAGGACAGUUUCUAG